ACAAACGCUGGUAAGAAAGAGAUAGAAGAAGUGGUAAAUGUGAGAUACGAAAAUAUCCGAGACAUUAAAUUCGUCCCCACCCUAUUUAGAUUUGGUUACAGAUACCCACCCGUGUGCCUCCAUUAAUUCCUCUCUGCUUUUAUCCCCCACUCCUCUCCCCCCCCCCCCCCCCCCCCCCCCCCCCCCAACCUUCACCACACUCCUCAAUCUCAAGAAAAGAAAAACCUUCACCGCCCCUCAACCAUGGAGUCUUCAAUCCCUUUCUCUCUCCAACUCUUCCUCCUCGCAUCGUCUCUCUCCCUCCUCACCUUCCUCCUCCUCCGCCGCUCCUCCCGCCUCCGCCGCAACCUCCGCCUCCCACCGGGCACCCUCGGCCUCCCCUUCCUCGGCGAGACCCUCCACAUCAUCGCCGCCUACAAAACAUCCAACCCGGAGCCCUUCAUCGACGACCGGGUCGCCCGGUUCGGACCGGUCUUCACCACCCACGUCUUCGGCGAGCCGACCGUGUUCUCUGCCGACCCGGACACCAACCGGCUCAUACUCCUCAACGAGGGCAAGCUGUUCGAGUCGAGCUAUCCCGGUUCGAUCUCGAACCUGCUCGGGAGGCACUCGCUUCUGCUGAUGAAGGGGAGCCUUCACAAGCGGAUGCAUUCGCUCACGAUGAGCUUUGCGAAUUCUUCGAUCAUUCGAGACCACUUGAUGGUGGAUAUAGACCGGUUGGUCCGCCUCAACUUGGAGUCUUGGACCGGACGGGUCUUGCUCAUGGAGGAAGCCAAAAAGAUUACGUUUGAGUUAACAGUAAAGCAGCUGAUGAGUUUCGACCCAUGCGAGUGGACGGAGAGGCUUAGAAAGGAGUACAUUCUCGUCAUCGACGGCUUCUUCACCAUUCCUUUCCCCCUCUUCUCCACCACCUACCGCCGUGCCAUCCAAGCUAGAGGCAAAGUGGCGGAGGCGUUGAGCUUGGUGGUGAGGGAGAGGAGGAGAGAGAGCGAGAGAGGAGAGAGAAAGAACGACAUGCUGGGAGCUUUGCUGGAGGAGGAAGGCGGGUUCUCCGACGAGGAGAUAGUGGAUUUCUUGGUGGCGCUGCUGGUAGCCGGGUAUGAAACAACCUCCACCAUCAUGACCCUCGCCGUUAAGUUCCUCACGGAGACUCCCCUAGCCUUGGCCCAGCUCAAGGAAGAGCAAGAUGAGAUUAGGUCAAGAAAAAGAAAAUCAGAGGCUCUGCAAUGGAACGAUUACAAGUCAAUGCCAUUCACACAAUGCGUUGUUAAUGAAACCCUAAGAGUAGCCAACAUAAUUAGCGGGGUAUUCAGGCGAGCAAUGACCGACGUCGACGUAAAAGGUUACACAAUUCCAAAAGGAUGGAAGGUUUUUGCUUCUCUUAGGGCUGUACAUAUGAAUCAAGACCACUUUAAGGAUGCUCGCACUUUCAAUCCAUGGAGAUGGCAGGCUGAUUCGGGAACAACAAACUCCUUAAAUCUCUUCAUUCCAUUUGGAGGUGGGCCACGGAGGUGCCCCGGUGCAGAGCUUGCUAGGGUUGAACUUUCAGUUUUCCUUCACCACCUAGUCACUCAGUUCAGUUGGGUUCCUGCAGAAGAAGAUAAGUUGGUGUUCUUUCCGACCACAAGGAUGCAAAAGCGGUAUCCCCUCAUCGUGCAACGCCAAAAUCUAAGAGAGCCUGACUCCAUCUAGUAAGGUAGAAUGCCAGAAGUGAUAUUGGAGUCAGAUAGAAGAACGCAGCAGAAGAAAUGUAAUCUUUUCAAUUAUGCAAUAAGAUGAGUAAAUAUAUUAGCGGAUGGUGUAUAUAUGUAAAUGAAUUAUUCAAUUGAGUUGAGCUUGAAUUAUCAUUA